GAUGAACCUAAGCUGAAAGCGUAGACGGAGCUUCAAAAGCUAUCAUGACUCCAUCUCAUCCUCCACAUCACCCAACACCCCCGCAGAACACACCCUUGGAACUUUCCAUGCUUUCCCCGACCACAAAGUCUUAUAUUCCACCAACCUUUUAUACUCCCAAUAUUGCCGUGUGAACGUGAAAGAGGCGCACCAAGACGGCGUCUAUCAACUUUCAUCACGCAACUCACAAGCUCACGUUAUCUUCAAGGCAUCUUCGUGUCCCGAUUCACAACGCCAACCAGCAAAAGUAGCUAUCCGAUCCGCAACACCUUCGACACAACCCUGGUCUAAUCAACUUCACCGAGGAGGAGAGGCGGGAAAUCAUCGUCAUCAACCACAAGACUUUUCCCCUCGACAGGGUUCAGCUGGGUUUCUUUGUAUGGCGUCUUUGCACAUCGACCACUUCACCAAGCGCCGUCAUUGCUGUGGGAUAUACGGCGCCUAAGGGUCUUCGCGCCGGCAGUCUGCAUGAUUGCUUGUCUUUAAUUCUUACAGCCCCUUGGGUAAACUUGCAAACCUAUUUAGUCCCCCACAAGGUCUGUAUGGCCCAAGUGCAACCGCAGCUUCCCUUGGCUCUACGGAACCCAGCAUCAGUUUUACCACCUGCAGAUGGCGAUUGGCCCCCACACCAAAAUAACUGGUGGCAAAAAAUGCAUCUCUGGCGGGAUCAAAAGGACGGCGGCGGUGGUCAAGGUCAAGGUGCCCAUGACGCCGGGCCGGGGUUAGGAUUGGGAUCAGCAGGAACCGCAACGGAACCGGGAUCGGGAACAGGCGGAGGAGGACAUGGAGGGGAGGGAAACAGUACCACGAGUCCGGGUUCACAAACACAGCAGCACGAUGACGGAGGCUCCAACAAACAAGGCACCAUUCGUCGAAACUUUCGAAAGGUGAUUCCCGGCCUGCCUCGAACUCAGACAUUCAAGAGACAGCAAUCCGAGCAGCGCGACCAUCUUCAACCUGUACAACCUACCCCUGCCGAGCGCAGAGCUGCUUCAGUCGAUAGACGCAUGCAUGCCAUCAACAGUGCAUCGACAUCGCUGGUCGGAUUGGGUGUAGGAACCGCCGCCGCCUCACUUCCCAGGAGUAGCGCGCCAAACUUCCAUCAUCACCACCAUCAUCAUCAUCACUUUGGCCGUUCUUCUCAUAUCUCUCAGGUCGGCUCUCCGGUUCCUUCGUUACCUACGAUUCCUCAAGAAUAUACGCCGGUGAACAGCAGUUUCCGAGGCCUGACCGGACAUGAGCUGGAGCAAGAACUCGACAAGAACUACCACGACAAUUGUAACCAUCUGCUGCGAGCUCCUGCUCUCGCUCAUCUCCAUGGGUCGGACGCCGCCAUCUCGGAUUGUGAUGCGCACUCGAUAACCUCUUCUCAGUACCACAACAUGAUACACGAUGAGUUGGAGAAGAUCUGGAUCCUGAAUCUGUCAAUGCACUUUCGCGACAAGUCCAAGAGGGAGAAGUUUUUUGUCACGUACAGACAGACCGAGUCGCUAUGGCGCAGAGUGACGAUAUCCCUCGAUUACCGUGAUGCUCAGGAGGGUUCAUUGGAGGAGGAGCUAGUCGACAUCAAGUUCCAGCGCGAUAAGAGUUCAAGGAUAUACGAGGCGAUUCGAGACAGCUUGGGGGACAUCCAGUUCUACCCUACCGUCACGAAUCUGAAGCUUCAAACCACGGACAAGAGGUUACAUGUUCACGUGGUGGAAGACGUCAAUGAAAUCAUCAAUUACCCAACCGUGCGCAUGAUCCAGCACAUGCGCUGCCGCCGCAUCAAAGAAUCCGAAGUCGAAUUCGACUCUCACAUUUCCGGCUUCGUCUACAAAGUCCGCGUCAACGGCGAGACCUUAAUCAAGAAAGAAAUCCCCGGCCCCGACACCGUCGACGAGUUCCUCUACGAGAUCAACGCGCUCAACCGUCUUCGCGCCGCCGAGAACGUGAUUGAGUUUUACGGCAUCAUCGUUGACGACUCGGGCGAGCUCGUCAAGGGCCUGCUGAUCAGCUUCGCCGAGCACGGUGCCCUGAUCGACAUCAUCUACGACUACCAGCUCCAAGGCGGCCUCCCCUGGUCGACGCGCGAGCGCUGGGCGCGCCAGAUUGUGGGUGGUCUGGCGGACAUACACGAGGCCGGGUUCGUUCAGGGAGACUUCACCCUGUCCAACAUCGUCAUCAACAACGAGUGGAACGCCAAGAUCAUCGACAUCAACCGACGCGGCUGUCCGGUGGGAUGGGAGCCGCCCGAGGCGACGCCGUUGAUUGAGAGCAGCCAGCGGAUAUCCAUGUACAUUGGCGUCAAGUCCGAUCUCUACCAGCUGGGCAUGGUGCUUUGGGCUCUAGCGACACAGGAGGACGAGCCUGAGGCUCAUGGACGUCCGUUGAGGAUUGGGCCCGAGGUUACGGAUGUCCCGGAUUGGUACGUUGAGAUUGUGAAUAUCUGUCUGGAUCCCAACCCGCGCAAGAGGAGACAGGCGCUGGACUUGCUGGAUCUGUUUCCGGAGCCGGAGCCGGUGGAGCCGAAUCAGUAUAGCUAUCAUAACCCGGAAUCGGUCUCGGUCGAUGAUGGGUACUCGCGGCAGGAGUAUCUGGUUGGUACGGAGCCGACGAACGGGGUACCCAAGAUCAUCAAGACGGUUGAGUCGCCGUCAGAUCAGGGGUGGGAUUAUUUCAGCAGUAAUGCUGCUGCUGCUGCUGGAGCAAGCGGUGUGGGGAGAGGUCGUCCGUCGACAAUAUCUCCUGCACCAUCCGAAGACCAACACUGGUAUCCGCCACGAGGUCGAUCACCACCUUCUCCCCUUCCCAGCGAUGGCGGGUACGAUGACCCGGCGAGAUUCCGACAUCAUGCACGUCCUUGGGGGAAUAGCAGUACUUACGAGGAGCCGAGUAACUUGACUGUUCCGUCUUCGUACGGCAAUCUGAAAGGCGAUAUGGACGAAUUUGGGAAACAAAACGAAGCAGAAUCAUCGAGGCAACAACACGACCCAAGAAUCUCCUCCACCUCUUUCAUCUCCACCGCUCCCUCUGGCAACACCGACACCGCCUCAAUACCGCUCAAAGACCUUCCUCUCCGGGAGGCAGCCAAAUGGCGGCCCGAGACCACAUUUUCCAAUACCCCCACGGCCAACAACAACAACAACAAGUCUCACGAACUCACCCUCCGCGACCAAUACGGCGAACCCAGCAAUAGUUGCAACGAUCACAACCGAACAGCAGAACCGCAAUACAACACCACCCAAUCCCACCACCAAUCCCGCCCCAGCCGUACCCACUACCGCUCCUCCUCCUCCUCUGACGCAGAAGAAGGCGAAGAAGCAGACGGCGGCGACAGACGAGACAAACCCCUCUCCCGCGCCGACUCAGGCAAGUACUUCACCGAGCCCACCAAGCCUGGGCCCGACCUAGCCUACGCAGCCAUCACCGAGGCGCGAGAUCGCGACAGGCUGGAGCAGCAGUUUAGGAUGGAGGCAGCGGAGGUCAUGGCUGGGCGGUAUCAUGGACAUGGGCAUCAUCAAGAUCAUAGCCGGGAUCGGGAUCGGGAUGAAUACCAACCACAACAACAGCAACAACAAUUGCGCUCAUCUGGGUAUCAUCAACAAGAACGUGGUGGCAACGGUAAUUCGCAAUUGGAUAGGGAUCGGGAUCGGGAGUUGGAGCGGUACGGUGGGAGAGAGCUGGAUGUGUUGAAGGGGAUUGGAGGCGCUUAUACUUAUGGUGAUUUGUCUAUGAGGGGAAAAUGUGCUGUUGAUGAGGAGGAGGAGGGAGAGGAGAUUGAUAUGGAUUUGUUUGCUGCCCCUGGGCAGAAGGAGGGGGGGUAUCAACAUCAGCAGCAGCAACAACAACAACAACACCAUGCGAACUACGAGCAACACCAUACGAACUACGAGACGACGAGGACGUAACGAAGUGAUGGGAGGGUCAGCGAUGAAUGGAUGGAUGAAUGGACGAAAGUACCAUACUCGGUACACGCACAUCACGAGGGGUUAUGAGAAUGGGAACCAGAAAGUCCAUUGGGCGAACAACGGCUGAACAGCACGGUAAUGGACAACGAUGAAGCCCGUACUUGCCGCUCUGGCUACUACGAGUUACGAUACAGCACCAAAACCAGUUACAACUACCCUGUUAUAUGAUCCAGCGAGGCCACAUACUAUGGACCUCGAAGGGUCAACCGAAGCCUUUACCAAAUUUGGGAGGCCUCCAAUGCAUGCGAUGCAACUAGUGCAACCAACUCAUACCUACCUACCUACAAAACAAUACGUGAAGGGAAGGGAAAGGGGCAUUUGCAUGGGAUGGGAAUAUACAUGACGGGUUUUUU